AUGUUGGUUGAUUAUUCAGAGAGCGACUUGAGCGAUGAGAGCAAUGGCGGUGAUCAGAUGGUUGGUGUAGCAGGGAAUACGCCACAAGUACCACAACUACCUGCGCCAUUCCAGCCAAAAUUACCAAAUGACAAUCCAGCUCAACAUCAAGGAAGAACUCGCUCAAAGCCAUUCAUUGAAGGUGCUUACUCUGCGCAUGUCUUUCUAUCUGUACCUUUCGAGUACAAAUUACAAAAAAUCCUGAGCGAGAUUUAUCAACAUUUCACUUACAAGUACAAAAGCCUUCACUCACUAUUCCCAAACGACCCAGACGUAGAUAAUGACUGCUAUAUUAGCCUCAGUCGCCCACUUUCUCUACGUUAUCAUCAGCUCAAGAAAUUCAACAGCGAUGUGGGCAGUGUAUCGAAACAUCAUAGACCGAUAACAAUCUCAUUCAGCCAUCUCACAGUUUUAUACAACGAUAACAAGACACGCGCUUUCGUCGUCAUACCCGUUGUGGCUGGGUAUAGCGAUUUGAAACGGCUAGUAGAUGAGCUCGAUGAUGGCCCUAUAGAUGCGCAUCACCAGGAAAAGUAUUACGAUCCUCCGAUUUUUCACACUUCGAUUGGUUGGCUGCUAACUGUGGAUAAUUUCGACGGGAGUAAGUUGGAAAAUGAUGUCAGUAAAGCGAAUGAGCUGUUUCAACGUCACCUCAGAUUGUUAGGUGCUCUCACUUGCUCAGUUGUUAAUGUCAAGAUUGCGAAGAAUGUACACUCGUAUGAAUUGUCUGGGUAG